UCCCGGAGACCUCAGGCAUUGGCCCGACAGCUGGAUGUGUUCGGACAAGCCACUGCAGUGCUGCGGUCAAGGGACCUGGGCUCUGUCGUUUGUGACAUCAAAUUCUCAGAACUCUCUUACCUGGAUGCCUUCUGGGGUGAUUAUCUGAGUGGUGCCCUGCUUCAGGCCCUUCGGGGUGUCUUUCUGACUGAGGCCCUGCGGGAAGCCGUGGGCCGGGAAGCUGUCCGCUUGUUGGUCAGUGUGGACGAGGCUGACUACGAGGCUGGUCGGCGGAGCCUGUUGCUGAUGGAGGAGGAAGGGGGACGGCGUGGGACAGAGGCCUCCUGAUCCUGGAGCUGGCAAGACUGACCCUACCUCCAAGUCUCGGGGCAACCUUCUUCCCUGGAAGAUGACUAUU